ACCUAUUUACUGCGUGCGUGCGUGUAGGCAGAAACUACAAUGAUUUUGCGAUACACCUUUUUUGUAUACAGACGUCUAUGAUACCAUAUAAGACUACACCAUUCAAAAUGACAAUGAAUAUUUUGAAGUCGCUCAAAAAUACUUUAACACCUUUGCCAAUAACCGAAGUCUGAAGUCAAACUGACAAUAACAAAAUUUACUGAUUUUGCUUUCAUGUCUACAGACAAUUAUCAAGUGCAGAACUUUUAUAAGUAUUCUAGAAAAACGUUCAAAAAGAAUAGGAGGGGCUCGAAUGAUUAUGAUGGCGAAAACGCCACCUUUGAAGCGGCAGAUGUGUCACCACGAAGCGAUCUGCGAAGCGAUGGAAGAAUAGACAGUAAUGAUUCCCCAAGAUGUAGUUGUGACUUAGAUCCUGAGGGAGAAAUCGCCAAUAUCCUCCACAAAAAAUGUCCAGUGAUAACUCUAGCGCAACAGCAAUUGGCAAGGCUGUUGGACGAAACCGACAAACUGCUGUGCGAUAACACCAGAUGCUGUAGGUCUGUAUAUGACUUCGUGUGCCUAUGUAAAGAGAUUUUCGUACGUCAGGAUAAGGGCCGAGCGAUUUUAAUUAUGUUAAUUGGUAUUGGUUUCAUUAUUGGAGUUCUGAUCGGUGCUGCGUCUUGUGGAUCAUUUCUCGGGCGGUUUAACAGUCCUAUUCUUUGUUGUGUCGACAAUUUAUUUGCUCUCGACAGGUUUACCUCUGUAGAAGACACGUAUCGUAGUAUAGUAUAGAAACUACCCUCUUAUCCAUUAGUAGGUACCUACCAUUAAAUAGUACACUUACAUGAUACUUGUAAUAUUUUACAUUCCACGAUAAUGUGUACAUUAAGAAUAUUUUAGAUGAGAUUAUAUAUAGAAUAGAUAUUUACAGAUUAAACCAUGUUUUUAUUUAAUUUAAUAAAAUAUUACUUAAUA